AUGCCCCAACUUUUAGCCAAUACCUUCCGAUACCUUCCUGGCAAGUGCUACUCACGAACAGUUGCACCCUUAGCGAUGGAGGGCUGCUCAGAAAGUAACGAGCUGGAGCUGAACGUGCACAAUAGGACAAAACGCUUGGCGGAUGACCCGACUAAGCAUGGGCGGAGUGGUGCUGAGGCGUGGGAAGGAGUUUUCAGUAUCAGUGAGUACCUGAACACCUCUGAGGUGAGGCUCACAGGACUCUCAUUUGUCACGUUCCCUUGUAUGCAUCAUAGGUCAUGUAUCUGGCUUGCCAAAGUGGGAACAAAUGGCUUUCCAUGCAACGCAAAUGGGAACGCUCGUUGGUGCGUGGGUCUAUCACGGUUAAUGACUAAUGUCGACGUUGGCAACUACAUGGGAACUUUAAGAGAUCUGUUCUGGGAAAGUGCAACAGACGGUGUUCCGUGA